GUGUCUUGCUCACCGGAAGUAAAAGGGUUGUGUUGUUGUUACCUCACAACUGCGUUGCACAGGAUUUUGUGCGUAUUGCUUUCACGCAACUGACUGGUUUUAACACUUAAAGUAUGUAUCAACUCAUCGUAGCGCAUGUUAUGACUUCUCCAGAUAGCCUGGCUUGUUGACUACGAACAAAGACAAUCGCCACAUCAGAUCGAGUGCGUAAAGUGUCGUGUGAAAAUGUGUAAAAUAGAAAUGCUGCGAGCGCUGCUGAAUCAGCGACUAACAGCGGCCGCCGAGGAAAUUUUUGUCGUGUUUGAAAGAAUGAUAGCAGAGGUCGAGGAGGAACUUAGUCGGACCAAAAUGGAAAACGAGCGACAACGUCAACGACUGAACGCUUUCGAGACUCGAGUUGUGCUUCGAAGAGCAGAUGUGAGUAAUGAAUGCCUCCCCAUUGAGCAGCAGGAGAGCACUUCCAGAGUGGAGCAGGAGCAGGCCAAACCACCCCUCAUUAAAGAAGAGGUGCAGCCUCAAGAGUUGGACUUCCCAAUGUUCUCUGUCAUUGUGAAAGUUGAAGAUGAUGAUGAAGGCAAAGGUCAAAGUAAGCAGAAUGGAGCGGAGGAGCCUUCAGGCAACAGCUCAAGUGACCACAUGACAAUCGAAGGUGAUGGUGACCACAGCGGAGGAUCACGGUCAGAAAGCCUCUUAGCUCCAUUAUCAGAUAGUGGUGGCACAACAUCUGACACUGAUUAUGAUGAACACUCGAAAGAGGAAAUGACAUGUAAUGCUGACGAUGGACAGUGGAAAUGUUUUCAGUGUGACAAAACCUUUAGUCACAAGAUAAAUCUGAAAAGACACACGAUCCUUCACACGGGAGAAAAACCAUUCAGCUGUUCAGUUUGUGGCAAAAAAUUCACCCAGAAGGUGCACCUGACAUCGCACAUGAAAAUACACACGGGAGAGAAACCUUUCACUUGUUCAUAUUGUGGUAAAAGUUUCAAGCGCAAGACGAAUUUGACGUCACACACUAGGACACACACUGGAGAGAGGCCAUUUUCUUGCCCGUCUUGCAACAAAGGUUUUAUUGAUUACUCGGCAAUGAUUAAACAUACAAGAACACACACAGGAGAGAAACCUUAUUCCUGCUCAUUCUGUGAUAAAAGUUUUGGUGCAAGCUCAACAUUAGUGACACACCUGAGAACACACACAGGAGUGAAACCUUUUUCUUGCUCGGUCUGUGACAAAAGUUUUUAUGAUUGUUCUGGUUUGGCUCACCACAUGAAAACACACACUGGGGACAAACCUUUCUCUUGUUCGGUGUGUGGAAAAAGCUUCAGGGAAAAUUCUCUUUUAACCAGACACAUGAAAACACAUACUGGUGGGAAAAUGUUCAUUUGUAGUGUGUGUGAUCAAAAGUUCUCCUAUAAGCAUCAAAUUGACAAACACCGAUGUGCUGGUGAGAAGAGCAGCAGUGCAUGAAGCCGCAGUACUUUCAAUAUACCUUGUAGGUAUGACAUACCACAACUUGCCGGCCAGCACUGAGGUCUACUGGAAGAGAUGCAGCAUGUUAUAAAGAGCAAGAGAUGAGCAGAGAAGAGGCGGAGAUGCUCUCCUACUCUCUAAACUAGCAUUUAUUUGGGAAGUUUUAUAGUUCUCAUAAUAUCUAAGCUAAUUUCCAUUAGCCCCUCUGGGACUUUUCAAAUUCUUGAUUUUAGGAUUAUACCAGUGAACUUUCAUGAGUGUUUAAAUGUACAAUGUUUAACUCUCUUUUUAAUCUGUCUGUUUUACAAUAAACUUAAAUAAGAGGAAAAAAGAAAUAGCUUGGAGCAAGCACGUUUUACCUCUUAUUUGGAGAACUGUGUGAACGAGUGAGAAAAGGCGCGAAGGAAAACCGUGCAAAGUGUGUUUAAUGAGUGCUAUUUUUUAAAAGAAGUUUAAGAGUGUGGUCAGGGUUAAAAUACAUAAAGCAAGUUAUAUGCUCUCUCUAGAUCUUGGUUAUUCAUUUAUUGCAGCUGGAUCGGGAACGUAUAGCUCGUGAUAAACUGAGUUUAGUGUCAGUCACAAUAACUAUCAAUCAAAUCCCAUCAUCCAUCCAUUUUCUAAUCCGCUCAUCUUCAUAAGGGCCGCAGGCGUGCUCGAGCCUCUCCCAGCUGUCUUUGGACGGUAGGUGGGGUCAACCCUGAACUGGUGGCCAGCCAAUCGCAGGGCACACAAUAGGCGAACAACCAUUCGUGUUCACACUCACAUCUAGGAACAAUUGAGUGUUCCAUUAAUCUGCCACGCAUGUUUUUGGAAUGUGAAAAGAAACCGGAGAAAAGCCACGCAGACACGGGGUGAACAUGCAAAUUCCACACAGGGAGGCCGGAGCCGGAAUCGAACCCUGUGCCUCUACACUGUGAGGCAGACGUGCUGACCAGUCGAUCUCCGUGCCACCUCAAAUCAGUCAUAUAAAAACCAAUAAACCACAG